GCCCCGGAUCCCAAGGCCUCUGGCCUCCCCUUGCGGGCGGAGGGAGACGUUGGGGUCCCCGGAGCGGCCCCACGGGAGAGCCCCGACCACCCGGCCUUCGGCACCACCCUCCCCGCAUCCACCCCACCAUCUCGGUCCAGGUCGGCAGGAGCAGGCCGCCAACUCUUGGCCCACCACUGGCUCACUAGGAGGGGAAACUGAGGCCUGGGAAUGGCUCAAGGUCACCAAGGAGAUGGGCCGGCGCUGUCCCUGACCUCAGCCGUCUCGCCGAUGCGGCCGAGGGAGAUCCUCUCUGGGGAGAGGCCGGGUUUGGCAGGGCUGGCCCAGGCUGACUAGGCAGGGAGGGGUUCCCGCUCCAGCCAUAGGACGCGGCGGGGAACGCGCUCCUGCCCUUCCCGAGGGUAGGAUUCUGGGGCAGGGGAAAGAAGUGGGCCCUCCGCGUGAACUCCUGAGCGCCCCCCACCCCGUCACACACUCCCAAGUACCCAACACAGUCCCACGGGGACAUCACAGGCCCAGGAGGAGGCCCCGCGGUGCCCAGGCAGGCCCUUCCCGAGGCCCCCAGCGCUGCCAGGGGACAGCCCCGGGGGCAGCAGCCAGACCCCUGCCCCUGGAAGGGGCCCGAGGCCAUGCCCACCUAGGACUUCAGGAUUAGCGGCACAUGGGCGUCCUCCGCCCCCAUAUAGGGUGCUCCCCUGAGACCUCCAUCCCUUGCCAUGCCACGUCUGUGCCCCUCGGGCAGCCGUCAGGAGUCCUGGCCCCUCCACCCUCAGCAGCCCCUCCCGUGCUGUGGACAUCACAGCCCUGGCCGCGGGACUCCUUCCCAGGACCAGGCAGCCUCGAGCACCCUCCCCCAGCUAUUCCCGGGGCCGGGACCUUCCUGCACCCUCCUCCCGCAGGCAGCCUCUCUGCUCACACUACGGGGAGCAGCAGCCUCUCUGCGUAGAGGACGGGGACAGGACUGUCCCCCCUCUCCAGGCAAUUUGCAGGGAACUUUGAGAGCAGACAGAAGGAAGAGGGAGACGUAGCGGGAGAUUCAGGCAGGAUUUUCUGACAACGUGGGAGUUUCACCCCGGGGUGAUGCCAAGGACCUAUGACAUACGCCUGUGUUCAGGACAGGGACAGAGCAGGGGACUGGGCCUGGAAGAUGAUCACCUGGAUUUGAGGGGCAGCUUCUGGCUGUAGUGAUCUGAGCCACAGAAGCAGCAGGGCUUCCCCAGACGGAGGGGGCUGAGCUGAGGAGCCUGAGCUUGCCCGUGAGGCCUGUGCACAGCACGUCCACUCGGGCAGGAGGGAGGCCUCCCUCAGCUACACCUGGAGGCCGGACAGGUGGGGGGGAGGGCGCCGGCCCCAGGUCGGGGCUCCCUGCCUCUGUGCCUUGUUGAACUCAGCCCAGAUGCCCACCGGGGGCCAGGCCACCUGCUGAAGCCCAGAGAGGGCAAGGGCUUGCCCGGGAUGGCGGGACCAGGCCAAGUGCCUUCAACGGAGUGAAGGAGGCCUCCCACUCAGCCCUGGCCCAUCCAGAAAAGGGGGCUGUAAACUGUGCCUUCCUCCUGAAAGUGGGGAGGUGGCCCAGACAUAGGCCCUGCUGCAGGGCAGGGGCGGGGGGCUUCUAGUGGAGAGGCAGGGAUCGUGGGGUUAGCCAGCGUUACCUGAGCACUUACUGUGCACUGGGCACAGUGCUAAGUGCUUCCCACGCAGUGUCUCCUUCAGUCUCCCCUAGGACCCAGUGACGUGGGUGCAGCCCCCAGCCCGAUGUGACAGAGCUCCUACCCCAUCUGGGAGGACUUCAACUCCAAGGCCACGAAGCUGCAUUCCCAGCUGAGGACCACUGUGCUGGCUGCUGUGGCCUUCUUGGAUGCCUUCCAGAAAGUGGCAGACAUGGCCACCAACACCCGAGGGGCCACACGGGACAUUGGCUCGGCGCUCACGCGCAUGUGCAUGCGCCACCGCAGCAUCGAGACCAAGCUGCGGCAGUUCACCAACGCGCUGCUGGAGAGCCUCAUCAACCCGCUGCAAGAGCGCAUCGAGGACUGGAAGAAGUCGGCCAACCAGCUGGACAAGGACCACGCGAAAGAGUACAAACGAGCCCGGCAUGAGAUCAAGAAAAAGUCUUCAGACACGCUGAAGCUGCAGAAGAAAGCGCGCAAAGGGAAAGGAGACCUGCAGCCGCAGCUGGACAGCGCCCUGCAGGACGUCAACGACAUGUACCUGCUGCUGGAGGAGACAGAGAAGCAGGCGGUGCGCCGGGCCCUGAUCGAGGAGCGCGGGCGCUUCUGCACCUUCAUCACUUUCCUGCAGCCCGUGGUGAACGGCGAGCUGACCAUGCUGGGAGAGAUCACCCACCUGCAGGGCAUCAUCGAUGACCUAGUGGUGCUGACCGCGGAACCACACAAGCUGCCCCCCGCCAGCGAGCAGGUGAUCAAAGACCUGAAGGGCUCAGACUAUAGCUGGUCCUACCAGACCCCCCCGUCGUCGCCCAGCGGCUCUGGCUCACGGAAGUCCAGCAUGUGCAGUGCCCCCAGCAGCGGUAGCAGUGCCAAGGGUGGCGGAGCCCCGUGGCCCGGGGGUGCCCAAACAUACUCACCCAGUUCCACCUGUCGCUACCGCAGCCUGGCACAGCCAGCCACCGCCGCCGCCCGCCUCUCCAGCGUCUCCUCCCACGACUCUGGCUUCGUCUCCCAGGAUGCCACCUACUCCAAGCCCCCCUCACCAAUGCCUUCAGACAUCACCAGCCAGAAGUCCUCCAGCUCCGCGUCCUCAGAGGCCUCGGAAACCUGCCAGUCCGUUAGCGAGUGCAGCUCCCCCACUUCGGACUGGGCCAAGGCGGGCCCCCACGAACAGCCCUCAGGCACCAGCCUGCAGCGGAGGAAGGACCGGGCUGAGCACCCCCGAGACACAGAGCCAGGCCUGGCCAGCGGGGGCACCCUGGGCCCCAGUGGGGAGGAGGCCCCACGACCCCGCAUGUCCCCUGCCACGAUCGCAGCCAAGCACGGUGAGGAGGUGUCCCCGGCAGCCAGCGACCUGGCCAUGGUGCUGACCCGCGGCCUGAGCCUGGAGCACCAGAAGAGCAGCCGGGACUCGCUGCAGUAUUCCAGCGGCUACAGCACGCAGACCACCACGCCGUCGUGCUCUGAGGACACCAUCCCCUCCCAAGGCUCCGACUAUGACUGCUACUCCGUGAACGGCGACGCGGACGGCGAGGGCCCCGCCGAGUUCGACAAGUCCUCCACCAUCCCCCGCAAUAGCAACAUCGCCCAGAACUACCGCCGCCUGAUCCAGACCAAGCGCCCGGCCUCCACGGCGGGGCUGCCCAGCGCCUCGGGCGCACCCCCCGGCGUGGCCACCAUCCGCCGCACGCCGUCCACCAAGCCCGCCGUGCGCCGCGCGCUCUCCAGCGCCGGCCCCAUCCCCAUCCGGCCGCCCAUCGUCCCCGUGAAGACGCCCACGGUGCCCGACUCCCCCGGUUACUCGGGGCCCACGCGGGCGGGCAGCGAGGAGUGCGUCUUCUACAGCGACGAGGCCGCCUCGCCCCUGGCGCCGGACCUGGCCAAGGCCUCGCCGAAGAGGCUGAGCCUGCCCAACACGGCCUGGGCCAGCCCGGCCCCCGAGGCGGCCAGCUACGCCGGGCUGGCGGCGGACGACGACGAGCAGCAGCAGCUGGCCGCCAACCGGCACAGCCUGGUGGAGAAGCUCGGGGAGCUGGUGGCGGGCGCCCACGCCCUGGGCGAGGGCCAGUUCCCCUUCCCCACCGCCCUGGCCGCCCCCGCCGAGGAGACGCCCAGCCCGCCCCCCGCCGCCGCCGGUGACCCCCCCGCCGAAGACAUGCUGGUGGCCAUCCGCCGCGGGGUGCGGCUCCGCAGGACCGUCACCAACGACAGGUCGGCGCCCCGCAUCUUGUGAUGGCGCCACCCUCCCGCCCUCUGGCCCCUUGAGAGGCCGGUGGCCUGGCUGGUGAACAGCAGACGCUCAGAGCGAAGGCACAGCGUGGAGAGCAGAACCAGGCAAGCUUUCGGUUUUUUGUUUUUUAAGUCACAUGAGGCAAAGCCACUGGAUGGAAAGACACGUGUCUUGGAUUUCAGUACUUAAACGGGAAGUGACUUCUUUAACACAGCUCGCCAGCUCUGAGCCUACAGGCCUUGAACUGGAUUUGGAGCCUGUUUUUUACGUCUCUUGCCUGCUCUGCCCUCCUCUUCCUCUUCCAAGGCCCUGCCUUUCCCUGUCUCAGUGCGCCCUGGUCUGGGCCCUAGGGCCGCAGCUUAGGCGACCAGGCCCAGCUUCUCCUGAAUGCCAGCCGCACCCCACCCCCCGCCCCUGGCCGGGCUCCUCUCUCCUCCCUUCUCUCCUCUCCCAGGCUCCCCUCAGUCAGGGAGGCAGGCUGUCUGUGGAGGGGCCAGGCACCCAGUCGGGCCAAGGUGUCAGAUUUGACUGAAGCUACACAAAAUGGCAUUUGGGUAGGGAGCACAGAUUGAGGUGGGAAGGUCCACCCUGCUGUGGGGGGAACGCGGCCCACAGGCCCAGGGCCCCAAGUUAAAUCCUGGGGAACUGUGUGGAGGAGGCCAUGGACGCUGAAGUGCGUGGCUGAGGUUGAGGGCAGGGCAGUGGGGAAGGAUCCAGAGGCCUGACAGUCAUCUGGCCAGCCCUCCGGGAGCUGCUUUCAGAUGAGACUUUAACUCUGGUGGCACUUUGGUCACGGUUUCGGCCACCUUUGGGGGUAGGGGCUGGAGCUGUAGAGGGUAUGGGGGGUUAUUUUAUGAAUAUAAUAAUAAAAUAGAGCUGAUUGGACAAGGACUAUGUGUGGGGACAGGGUGGACAGUACAGGGUGUCCGAGAGUGCCUGAGGGACAAGGGGUCCUCACAGUGGCCCGGUGGGCCCAUGGCCGGAGGUGGCCUCCCCAAAGCCAGGGGAUAGUUGUUUUUUCCUCCAGUUUCUGGAGCAAAGCCAAAAUAAGGUUGGGGAGGGCCAAGGUGGGGCCUCCAGCACGACUGCUUGGAUGGGGGUGAGGUGUGAUCCGGGGAGAUUGGCUUUGACUCUCUGUUGCCAGAGGAGAUGCCAUCCCGGUGCAGUCCCCCCAGCCUCCAGUCCUGUGCUGGUGGUGGGUGCAGGGUGGGGGUGCCCUCCCCUCCAUUUAUCGAGUCCCUCCAACUCUAAGCAGCAGGUAGAAGCAGGUGAGUCUAGGGCGAGUGGAGGGCUUCCUGUUGUCCUGCAGGCCAGCAGAGAGGGUGGCCGGGCUCGGAGGGCAGCAGGACCACAGGGCAGGGGCCUCCCGGGGUCAGGAGAGCGGGCUUUUCCUGGUCUGGAUGGGGUGGGGUUGGGUCUGAGUCAGUGCCAGGCUGGAGCUCCUGGUAGUUCUGCAGGGAACUGGGAUCCAAGCAAGGUGGCCAGGCAGGUCUGGGGAACCAAGGAUGCUCCUGAGUGGAUGGAGCCCCCCGGGCUCCCCAAGCACAGAUGGAGAAUGGUUUCUGUAAGUUGCUAGGUCUGAGAACAGCCUUGCUGAAUGCUCAGACCAACCUGAGAGCCCGGGUUAGGGCACCUGGAGAGAGGGCCCAGGUGCGGGAAGGCCUGGAGCGCCGGGAGAGCAGGUGGCCGGUGUAAGGAGCCGCGGGGGUGGGGGGGGGGUUUGCACUGCCCCUACCCGAAGGGCUGUGCUGGUCUUUACCCCGGUGGGCUGAGGGAGGAAGAUGCAGGAUGUGUGAUGUGAGCAGGGUAAGGAGCGGUGGGGGGUAGGGUGGGGGGUGGCUUGGGAGGCCUGAGGAGGGGCCCCCAGGCUCAUGCCUCCUCCCCUCCAAGCCACCCCAGGGUGUACAUAACUCCUCCAUCCCCCUGACCACCUAUCUCCCAGUUAGUGACCACCUCUUAGGCCCACUCCCUUGGGAUCCGAGCCAACCAUCCCACAUCACAAACUUUGGUUUGGGGGACUUCUUUACGGUUUUUUUUUUUUUUUUUUCAUUUUUGUACAGAGAAAUAUUCUUUUCAAAAGCGUCUUUUGACUGAAGUAACUUUUCUGGUGCUGUUGUUAACUUGUUCCUUUUUUUAAUUUAUUUCCCCACCCGAGUCUCCCCUCUUGGCUCCUACUCACCCUUUCUUCCCUCCACCCCUCCCCACCCAGCCCCAUCCCAUCUGACCCAUUUUGUUUCUUUUCUUUCUGUCCAUUUUUUGGAUAAAUGAUCCUUUCCUCCCUGCCCCCUCCACCCCGCCCUCCCCUCGAUUGAAAUAGUCACUGCUACAAGUAACAAAUGCACUGUGAAGAUUCCAGUAUUAAUAAAGUUGUACUGUAAUUAA